AGCAAUGCCUAUGUCUCUCACUCGCGUUGCCACAUUGUCCUAAACAAACACAAACCCACAUGUCAAAGUUUGGAUUUUUCUCACCUGUAGUUUCGUCUAUUUAUUUCAUCGAGGCUCUCCAUUUUUCUCUAUUUUUCCUGCACGUUUCAGAACAUCCGUUGAAAACACACACUGCGAGUAGCAACAGCUGUUCAAAAGCACUUUUGCAUGUUGCUGCUUUUGCUCAUUCUCUGUUGAUCUCUCUGCUUGUUGUUCAGCACGUAUAUUGUGUCAUGGCAGAUGGGUUUUUGAUAUUUUUAUGAAUUGCAUCAGGGGUUGUCUUCUUCCUGUUGUUUGGAGCUGGAGGGUUUCUGGGUUUUGAUUCGAUUUAGUGGUUGUGGGCUGUGCGCUGAUGGGUCCUGUGAGAGGGAUUAGGAAGAGAAAGAAGGCUGAGAAGAAGGGUGAGGAGAAUGCUUCUGGUUCUGGGUCAUCAGAGAAGGAAGGUCCUGUGGAUUGGUGGGAUGAAUUCUCCAGAAGAAUUAAUGGUAUGCAGUCUCCAUCAAAGGUUUUAGACAAGUUUGAAUCUGUUUUUAAGCUAUCCAGGAAAACCUUCGAGUACAUCUGUUCACUUGUGAGUGAAGAUAUGAUGGCAAAGUCGGCACAUUUUGUGUUUACAAAUGGUAAGCCCUUGUCUUUGCAUGAUCAAGUCGCUGUAGCCUUAAGAAGAUUGAGCUCGGGUGAGUCACUAGUGACAAUUGGUGAUUCGUUUGGGGUGAACCACUCAACUGUGUCUCAAGUGACCUGGCGAUUUGUCGAAGCCAUGGAAGAAAGAGGACUUCACCACCUGCAAUGGCCUUCCACUGAAGCAGAAAUGGCAGAAGUUAAAUCCAAAUUUCAGAAAAUACGAGGCUUUCCCAAUUGUUGCGGAGUUGUUGAUACCACUCACAUCAUGAUGUGUUUGCCUGCUUCUGACCCCACAAGUAACGCGUGGCUCGAUCAAGAGAAGAAUCACAGCAUGGUCUUGCAAGCCAUUGUGGACCCUGACAUGAGGUUUCGGGACAUAGUUACCGGAUGGCCAGGAAAAAUGAAGGACUGGUCGGUGUUUCAGAGUUCGAAUUUUUAUCAGCUCUGUGCUAGAGGUGAGAGAUUGAAUGGGAAAAGGUUAGAGCUCUCCACAGGAUUGGAUAUCCGGGAAUACAUACUCGGGGACUUGGGGUUUUCUUUAUUGCCCUAUCUCGUGAUCCCCUAUGAAGGGAAAGAACUCCCAGAGCCGAAAGCUCAGUUCAAUAAGUGGCAUUAUGCUACGCAGAAGGUAGCGCAGAGAGCAUUGGCGAGGUUGAAGGAUAGGUGGAGGAUCAUUCAGGGAGUGAUGUGGAGACCUGACAAACAUAGAUUGCCGAGGAUCAUUCUCGUUUGCUGCUUGCUUCACAACAUUGUUAUAGAUAUGGAAGGCGGGGUUCAAGACGAGAUGCCUCAGUCUCACAAACAUGACUCAGAAUACCGCCAACAGAUUUGUGGAACUGUUGACAUAAACGGCGUUCAUCUGAGAGAAAAGCUGUCUCUCUACCUGUCUGGAAGAAGGAUGCCAAUGCCACCUUGAUUUUGUUUCUUUUCCGUUUUCUUAUGAGUGUUAGGUAUCAAAGACAGUUGUAGUCUUCAGUUUUAAAGUUGUUUUCGCGACAUAUUUCAUACCGAAAAUUAUAGAGCUGAAGUCGGGUUUUCCCGAGUUUUGGUUUUGACUUGUGGGCUGUUUAUUUAGCAGGUGAGCCCCUGACAGUGAUAUUGUAUUGGAAUAAACAUUAAGUUUUCUUAGGA